AUGAAUCAAGACAGACGUUUGACAAAAGAAGAGAUAAAAAGCGAUCAAUUUGUUGACAGCACGCUACGGGUGUAUGAGUUCCUCAAGGCGAACUUAAAAUCGAUUAUUAUUGGUGCAACAAUAGUUAUUUUGGUUGUCGGGGGAUUUGCCUUUUAUCAGCAACAGCAACAGACCGCACGCGCAGAAGCCUUUUUGAAAUAUACCGAAGCCAUCGAGAAAUAUCAGGAAGCCGAGAGCGGUUGGUUAGAUGCGGACGAAACGGAAAAGCCAUUUGAGACUGCUACGACCCAACUUCAAGCCAUUUUCCAAAAAUACCCUGGGACUUCUGUUGCGGAUAAAGCACGAUACAGUUAUGCCAAAGCGCGCUAUUAUGAAGGGGACUAUGACGGUGCAAUCACCCACUUUCAAAUGGUCGUGAACGAGCACCAACUGGAAAACCAGAUUCUCGCUUUAUACGCUCAAAAAGCGAUUGGCAACUGCUAUGAGCAGAAGGGCGAAUACCAAAAGGCACUUGAGGCAUAUACCCCCACAGAGGAUAAACUGCCUCAGAUUGCCAUGCGUGAUUACGCAUUUUCGGAUUUUCGGUUGAGUCAAGCACGUUGCUAUGAGAAACUUGGUGAUUUUGAUAAUGCACUAGCAAUCUACAAAGAUAUUAUAGAUCUCUUUAAAGCCAAUCUGGAAAAAGCUAUUCAGCAAAAAAGUCGUGACUUAAUUCCCGGAGCAAAAACAUUGAUUGCGAGCCUUCCGCAGCCACCAAAGGUAACAGCUGCUGAAGGAUUGGAAAAUGAAGGCAGCUAUCACGAAGCCUUCGCUGCUUAUGCCAAAGCGAUUCAUGACUACAAAGUUGGUAAAGAUAUUCAUGGCGGACUCACCGACGAACGGCGCAAGGCUAUCAAUCGCUUUGAAAAAACCGCAAACGACUUUCUCAUAAACCUGCGCGAUGCUCGGCGCGCUGAGUCGGAAGGACGGGAUCCUUUGCGCUCCUAUGUGGAAGCGGUCGGUCUCGGUGGGCGUAGUUUCUAUGAAAAGUCUUUGGAUUUGCGCCGCACCGUUCGCUCUAUGAAAAAGCGCUUUUCCGUCGUGAUAAACUUCAACGUGUGCAGAAGUGAAGUUGUUAGGGCAGGCUGA